UUUGUGUUCGUCCUCUGGCUGAUGAUGAGCCCUGUGGCAAGUGAGAACUGGCAGGCGGCGCGCGCUUAGUACACGCGAGAAACUGCAGAAGGCCGUUGGACUCGUACGUUGUAAAUUAUGUACAUAAGUUGCUGAUAUUUUCCGGAUACACAUGAAUGGCGUGUUGGUCAACUUUGAGCCGACAAACCGAGCAGCGAGUGAGAAAAUCUGUAGACCGACGGCAAGCAUCGUCUAAACUGGAUACACGUAUCCCAAGUGCUCCGCGCCCGUGUCUCACACAGACCGAGGAUCGACGACUCCGGUGGGGAUUUUCAACCUGACAACACCGCGAGAAGCCUGUAAAAUGUAAAGAGGAAAAAAAACGACAGCAACAAACGAACCCAGCGGAUUUUUUAUUUUUGUUUUGCCGAAGCUUUUUUAUUAUACAUUUUUUGAGCGUGUGUAAAAUAUUUUUGUAGGCAGAAAGUCCAGUGUAAAUCUCCUGUAAAUAACACCAAGGUUUGUAGAUAGAUAGCCGACUAUAUCCAGUUUUCUGUGAGUUUGCUAGCUAUUCAGUCUAAAUAACGCUGGACCGACGAGCUGCGAUGUUGCAUUUGGGUUUACUUGAAGAUUUCCGCAUCAGAGUUUGAAAUAAUAACAGCGCUGCUUACCCCAGCUGGCUUGAAAAAAACCCUCCUGGUUUCCUGUGUUUGUUUGAGCCCUGAGAUGUCUGAUUCUUCUUGAUUAGCACCGAACAAGUCGCUCCUGAAGAAAAUGUAGGCAAUGCUGAGAAGGAAAGUGAAGAUAGAAACAUCUCACCCUGCUUCUGUGCUUCUGUAAAGCAGCAGAGUAAAAGAGUCCGAGGAAGACGACGGAGGAAAAGAGUGACAGAGUGACCAGUUUGAUCAAGGACAGCCUCACCUGUAGCAGUCUCUUAACACGUUAAAAGAAGUGAGAGGGUGACCACAGAAAAAGAGAGAGACGGGGACUGACGGAGGAACAAAGGUUUGGAGGAGGAGGUCUAGCAGGGGUGGGAAAGCCCAUUCCCCAUGGCUACUGACCCAGGAGAGCCCGCAGGCACCGAGGAUUCCUCGGAGAAACCUGAUGGACAGAAGGAGGAGGACCCGGAGUGGGAGGGCAGGGUCGACCAACAGAGGGAGAGGACAGACAGCACCCCUAUGGACUCAUCCUCCUCCCAGACAGAAGCAGGGAGAGCAGCAACAGAAGAAGAUGGAGGAAUCAGAGGAGGCGGUGGUGGAGGAGAAGCCUCCCAGGAGGAGACCGUACUCAGACCUAUUUCAUUCUCCACACCCUCCCUACCCAUCGAUACAGGUCAGAAACGACUAAGAAGGGAGAAGCGCUUCUUCAGGAAGAGUGUGGAGAUUUGUGAGGAAGAGGAUGAGGUGGAUGUACCCACCUUGGCAUCACAUAGUGCCCCCCACCUGGAGCUGCGCUCAUCAGACUCAGUCUUUAGUAGUAGUCCCCAGCAGCAUGGGGUUGCUUCAUCCUGUGCAACCUUGGGACAUGAACCGUCUUGCACCAGCUCAGUCCAUGAGCCUGGGAAAGAUGCUCCUUCAUCUGCACCUGUACCGAGGGGGAAGGAGAGGGACCGAGAACAGGAAGAGGAGGCGGAGAUGAAAGCUGUUGCUACCUCUCCUGGAGGAAGGUUCCUCAAAUUUGACAUAGAACUAGGCAGAGGAGCCUUCAAGACCGUCUAUAAAGGCCUAGACACCGAGACUUGGGUGGAGGUGGCUUGGUGUGAACUUCAGGAUCGCAAGCUGACCAAGGCAGAGCAGCAACGCUUCAAAGAAGAGGCAGAGAUGCUAAAGGGGCUUCAGCACCCCAACAUCGUCCGCUUCUAUGAUUCCUGGGAGUCUGUACUUCGUGGAAAGAAGUGCAUUGUACUAGUCACUGAACUCAUGACAUCAGGAACACUCAAAACUUACCUGAAGCGCUUUAAGGUGAUGAAACCCAAGGUCCUUAGAAGUUGGUGUAGGCAAAUUCUGAAAGGCCUUCACUUCCUUCACACCAGGACUCCACCAAUUGUCCAUCGGGACCUCAAGUGUGACAACAUUUUUAUAACAGGCCCCACAGGAUCAGUCAAGAUCGGUGAUCUGGGACUGGCCACUCUUAUGAGGACCUCCUUUGCAAAGAGUGUUAUAGGAACCCCGGAGUUCAUGGCUCCAGAGAUGUAUGAGGAGCACUAUGAUGAGUCUGUGGACGUAUAUGCCUUUGGGAUGUGUAUGCUGGAGAUGGCUACUUCAGAGUACCCCUACUCUGAGUGCCAAAAUGCUGCUCAGAUCUAUCGCAAAGUCACAAGCGGUAUAAAGCCAGCCAGCUUUGACAAAGUAAAUGACCCAGAGAUCAAAGAGAUCAUUGAAGGCUGCAUUCGUCAGAACAAAAGCCAGAGACUCUCCAUUCGAGACCUGCUGAACCAUGCUUUCUUUGGGGAGGACACAGGCGUCCGGGUGGAACUAGCUGAGGAGGACACAGGCACCCAGGACUGCCUGGCUCUCCGAAUUUGGGUUGAAGACCCCAAGAAGCUGAAGGGGAAGCACAAGGACAAUGAGGCCAUUGAGUUCAGCUAUGACCUGGAAAAUGAUAGUGCUGAAGAAGUGGCUCUAGAGAUGGUGAAAUCAGGCUUCUUUCAUGAAAGUGAUGCCAAAGUGGUCGGAAAAUCCAUCCGGGACAGAGUGAACCUAAUCAAAAAGUCAAGGGAGCGUCGACAGCAGCAGGUCCUUCAGCAGCAGGGCUUUGAAGAACGAAGAGACUCCACUCUCACUUCCUACACCUUUACUCAUCCAUCUUACCCAUCCUCGCUGGUGCAAGGGGUAGCUGGACACACGGGAGACGGAGGGGGAGGUGGAGUGCAGGAGUCCGAGGAGCUUCCUGAAGUGGACCAACAUGUCAGGCAGCAAAAUAUUUUCAGUGGGGCAACCCUAAAUCUGCCAGAAGGGGAGAGCAUUGGAUCUGCAAGCUGUGAAUCUUAUGCGAGUGGACAGAGCCAGGCAUACUCUCUGCAGGGGGACUCAUAUACCCACUCACAGACCUCAUUACCCACAGUUGCAUCUAGCACUGGUGCAUUGUCUCAUCCUCAGAUGCCCCCCAUUGGUGAGAGUACAAGUGUUGCUACUAUACCUCUUGGGCCGAGUGUUAGUAUGACAAGCAUGUCCUUAGGACAAAGUGGAGGAGGACCCAUGGGUCAGACAUUUCUUCACUCCGGUACUGUGGUUCCGCAGGUAUCACCAAGUGUACCUCAACAAUACUUUCAGUCACAAACAUUCCCAUCAGAUGAUUUUCAAACCGCCGCUCCCCACGGAUCAGUUGCCCCUUCACAGUCAUACAUACCACCUGUUUCCCCACAGGCACCCAUUAAUGUUCUCACUGCAUCCAUGCCAGUCAGUGAUACUGCUGGACUAGCAAGGACAAUUGUGCCCCACGCUCAGCAGACCCAACACCCUGCCACUCCCAUGCAGAUCACUGACAUCAUUUCCCAGGCCGCACCCCAACAAACACAGUCUGUCGUGAUCCCCCAGCAGACUAUUGUCCCACAACAACAGAUGGGAAUGGAUCCCCAGACCUCCACCCUUCAUUUGCAGCAGCAGCAGCAGCAGCCACAACUGCAAAUAGGGGGGCAGUCAGCUGAGCUUGAACAACAACAAGUUACUGCCGCUCAGCCUGCAACAGAACAGCAUCAACACAGCCUUUCAGCUACGUCCAUCGAGAAACAUCAGUCUGAGACUCAGCAGCAGAUCUGUGUACAGCAGUCUGCCCCACACGUCCAGCCAGCUUCACAGCAGCAUGUGUUCACACCACAAACAGGUAUGGAGCAGCGAGCUAUGCAAUCAACAGGGGAUCCCUGUGAACAGAUAAUGCUACAAUCACAACAACAGCUUCAGCAACAGCAAACUUUGUUACAACAGCAGCAGCAAAAAGAGCAGCAGCAACAAGCUUUACUGCUUGAGCAACAUCAGCUGUAUGUCCAGCAACAGCUUGAUCAGCAACAACAAAGAGCACUGCUUCAACAGCAGCAGCAAGCCCAGCUGCAGCAGCAGCAAGCGCUUAUACAAAAGCAACUGUUGGAUCAACAGCAACAGCAACAAACUCUCAUUCAGCAGAAACAAGAGCAGCAGCAACAAGGUCUUGGACCGCAAGAGCAACCAAUUUUUCAGCAUCAGUUAGAGCAACAACAACCAAAGCAACCUCCUUCACAGCAACAGAGUCAGUUAUAUCAACAAAUUGGACAGCGCCAAACUGGAACACAAAAGGAAACAGAGAAUCAGCAACAAAGUGGGCAAAACGAGCAACAAAUUUUAUUGCAGCAGCAUCCCCAGCAGACGCAGCAGCAGAAUGAACAACAACUGCAACAGCAGGCCUUAAUCCGGCAAAUGGAACAGCAGCAGGCACUGAUACAACAGCAGUUAAUGCUACAGCAGCAGCAGCAGCUUCAACAGAAAGCUCAGCUGCAGCAACAAGAGCAGCAACAAGCGCAACUCAAACAGCAGAUAGAGCAGCAGCAGCAAGCUCUGUUGCAACAACAGUUAGAGCAGCAGCGUCAACAGCAAGUCCUGUUACAACAGCAAGCAGAAAGAUUACAGCAACAGGCUCUAAUGAAGCAGCAGUUUAAAGAGCAGCAGCAAGCUUCCAUCAUUCAACUUCAGCAAACUGAAAAACACAAAGCUGUCCCUAUACCACAAAGCAACAGUGAGCAGCAGAUUCAUCAUCAACCAACCGAUAUACAGCAGAUGUGUAUCCCACAACUGAACUCUACUCAGUUUACACCUCAUGCUUCUCAGAUGAUAGAGCAACAGCAGCAAGUAGCACUGAUGCAGCAGCAGCAGGCAUUUGUUGCCCAACCACAGCAGCACACAUCUGUAAUGGAACCUCACAUAUCAGUUGGCGCACCAGUCAGUACUGAGGUAAUUCAUCACCAAACUUAUAUUAUAUCUCAGGGCCAAGUGCCCAUGACCAUUCCUACUACUGUUCAGACGCCUGCAAGUGUCCCAGCUCAAAUCCUUACACAGCAAGGACAAAGUGAGGCUCAGCCCCAGAACCAAGGCCAGAGCCCAGCCAAGUUUAUAGCUCAGUCUGCAGCCCAAGCACCUCAAGCUAUGACAGAGGGCCAGGUAACUACCCCAUUAUCAUUGAUUCAGGGACACACACAAGUCAUCCAGAGCCAGCAGGUUCCUUCCCAGAGUAGUUACCCUGGGCCUGUUACUCCCACACAGAGUCAGGUAACUUCUCAGCCAAUCCAGGCUCAUCCUCUGACCACAACCUUUACUCAGUCACAGCCACUGCAUGGCCAGGUCCCAAAGGCUGAUGUUCAAAUGACGGGCCAACAAAGUCAAACUACUGUCCAGCCUCCAGGUGCAGUUGCUUCAAUCCCCAGUCAGAUUCAACAUGAAACUCUUAUUCAGCAAAAUGCUCAAAUGCCAGCGCUCACCCAGCCCCAGAUCCAACAACAAACUCAAGGCCAGCAAGCUAGCCAGUUGCAUGCUCAGUCUGCUGCUGGUCCUUUGACCAGUCAGUAUGUCCCUCACCCUACCCAGCAAGCCAUACCACCUGUACAGUCUGAUAUAACUCAUAUUACCCAACAGCUGGAACAACAGCACCCAGUAAUCCAGUAUCAGCAGAUGAUUCUGUCACCUGGCUCAGCUGGAAGUUGUGGAACUAAAACAGAUGGUCUCAAUGCAGUAACUGCCCCUCUUCAUCCUAUACAGACCAAACAAGCACAAGUCCCAGGCCAAAGAUCACUACAUCCAGUUGUUCAGGGUGACCCUUCAGUAAUUCAGUCCAUCUGCCAGCCUGCUGUUCCUCAGUAUACUGAGCAAUACCAACAACAGCUGCAGAAGCUUUCUCACGUGCAGCAAUCUCUCGCCAUGCCACCCCCACAGACCCAGCUACCGGCACUACCCAGCUCAACUCCCGUUCAGCAACCACUUCCUCUGAAACCAGCUUUGAUAACCUUUGACGAGAGUCAGCUUCCCUCACAGUGUCAACCUACUUCACCUCUAAUGACCAUUGCUCCUGGACAAGUAGGCCCCAAUAAUGUGGCUGAGCCUCAGUCCCAGGGCAAGACCCCGUCUCUGUAUAGCCACCUAGUGCUAGGUGCCCCUCCUUCUCCACAGCACCAUCCCAAGCAGAUGCCACCAACUCACACACAAACACAAGCCAGCAAUCAGGCCCAAGCACACUCUCAAACACAGAUACACACUCAGACACACUCUGAGGCACCUAUAUCUGAGCAGCCUAUUUUGCCCCAUGCUGUCUUUCCUACGCAGCAAGUGCCCCUAAGCCCUUUGCAUACCUCAUGUCCUUCUACACUAUCAUCUCUUACAUCCCUGCCAUCCACCUAUCCUGCUGUUGCCCCUGCUCCAGAGCUGCCUACAUCUUCACCAGCAGCCCAGGUAACCUUACCAGUGCAAGUCGACUUUAUACCCACCUCCCCUCUGCCUGUUACUACUCUACAAUCACUUGAUUCUAAUGCCCCCAAACUGACCCAAGGCUCGCUGCAAGACUGUGACCUUUCCCUGCUGGGCAUUGCUCAGGAUGGUCCUUGUAAGACAAGUGCAGAUCGUCAUUCUUCAUCAGGGUGUAUACCAGCCAGUGGCGAAGACCCCUUGCAGCUCUUGGCGAAUGGAAAAUUAGAGAAACUUAAGUCUCAGAGACGAGCUUCCAGCCAGAAGUCUGAGAAACGCCAGUUUCAACUGAGCAUGCUUCAGGUGUCGGGCAGUGGGGACAAUAUGGUGGACUGUCAGUUGGAGACUCACAGCAACAAGAUGGUGACAUUUAAGUUUGACAUUGAAGGGGAUGCACCCGAGGACAUAGCAGAUUACAUGGUGGAGGAGGACUUUGUCCUUGAUGUGGAGAAAGAAACAUUUGUUGAGGAGCUCAGAGCGAUAGUUAAGAAAGCCCAUGAAAUUCUUCAGACACAUUCAGAGACUGGAUCGACUGACCAGUUACAAGUCAGCACUCCCACUUACUCCAUGGACCCAGUGCCCCAUUCCUCCCCAGUGGGACGUUGGCGGUUCUUUAUCAACCAGACUAUCCGCCACAGAGACUCUCUUUCCAGUCAGGGAGCAACCACACCAUCACCCACUGCAGAGACAAGGAUUCCCCAGUCUCCUAAAAGAGAGAAAGAAAGUGAAGGAUCCCAAAGUCUGGAGUCCUUGAGUGGAAUGGGCUCUCCUUCCUACCCCACCCUUUCUGCCACCUCCCCCCCAGACUCCACUGUUUCAGUACCUACUUCCAUGAGCCCCUCUGCUACCGCAGCCCCUGUUCAUCACACAGCACCUGAAACCAGGCCUGGACCAGCCUCUGUCCCUGUCACCACCUCAACUGGCCUUAUCUCAGCUUCUGCUGACCAAAUUUCUAUUGCUCCUUUAACUAUAGCAACAUCUGCUGCUGCUCCUGAUGCUAACCUCACCAGCUUGUCCACUGCUCCUGCUGUUGUGUCUCCCUCACCCAUCGCUAUUCAUCCUGAUAACCUGACUUCUCCUGGAACCAGUGUUUGUUCCACUGCGAGUCAAAGUGUAGAUGAUACUCUGAUCUCUGCUUCAAGGCCCCGUAUGUCUGCCGUGGACCAAUCUUCAGCCUCUUUUCAUUCCCCUUCUCCUGCUGUAGUCAUCCCUUCUACUGUAAGCCAACUUGGCAUAGAGCAGCAGCAGACAUACACCCAAGUAACCCAACCAGCCCCACAACAGCCACACCAACAGCUACAGUCUGCAUCACAGCAGCAAGUACCAUCACCACAACAGAAACUGCAGUCCCAACAUCAGGUGUACCACGAACAAGUACCACUACAGCAGGAACGAGCACUUCAGCAGUCUCUCCAGCAGUUGCAUCAGCAGCAGCUAAUUCAAACACAAAUACCACUUCAACAACAGCUGACUGAGGUGCAGGGAAUGUCUCAGCAUUGUCAUUCAGAGGUGUUACAGCAGUCUCUGCCUCUGCCACCUUUUCCUCAGCAGCCAACCGAACAACCCCUUGUUCAACAGCAGACAUCAAAGUUUUCCCCACAGUUGCUGCAGCAGCCUCAGUUACAGCAGUUACAACAGCAGAUUAUGAGUCCUGCUGGUCCAUUGCCCCCCAAACAAGCCCACAUUGAUCAACAGCAGCAGCAGCAGCAACAGUUAAACCUACAACAGACAUUACACUUACAGCAGCAGCAGCUACAACAGCAACAGCUUCAGAUGUUUAUGGGUGCUGCAAUUUUGAAACCAGAUCAAAACCAAAUGCUGCCCCUAUCAGUUAGUCAGCAGUUUCUUCAACAGCAGACACAGCUAAAUGUUUGCCCAGUACCACAACAGCAGGUCCCACAACAAACCCAAGUGCCUGCUGAGCUGUUAUCACAACACAUACAGGCACAGAAACAAUCACAAUAUACUGAGCAGCAACAGGAGAUGGUUAAAGCUGUGGACACGCCCCUCAAACAGCUGCAGUUUCCACUACAGAAGCAGUCCUCCUUACAGAUGUCAGAGUCAGAGGUGUCCACGGGAGAGACAAGUGUUACAGAGGACACAGGGAGUUAUUCUGCCCCCUUUCAUCCCUCCUCUGACUCCUCUCUGCCACCUCUGCAUCUGGGAACUGCUGAAACCCCCUUACCCACAUUCUCCCACGUAAUGACGCCAUCCCCCGUUCAACCUUCCUCCGUAGCCGAGUCAGACAGCGAAGGCCCCCCCAAAAUUGAAUUUGUAGACAACCGCAUAAAAACCUUGGAUGAAAAGCUAAGGAAUUUGUUGUAUCAGGAGUACAGCAGUGGGACAGCAUUGGCUGGGGGGGCUACCUCUGGCCCAACAUCAGCUGCCUCCACAUCAGCAGGUGGUGAUGAGUCAUCAGAGCCACAGUCAAUCCACCACUCAUCUUUCCCCCCACCUGCCUCCAUCUCAGAUACUUCCCCACAGUCCUCAUCCUCUACUACUUCCUCCACCACCUCCCGUUCGUCUUCCACUUCUCCUGACCCAGAGAGAGAAGGAGGUGGAGAGAAAGCUUCCAAAGAGGUGCCCAACUCUAUGGAGUUGGACCCAGUGGAGCAGCAGCUUGGCCCAUCACUCCUCACCACCUCUGUCUCAUCCAGCCCACCCACCCCUCUUCUGCCUCCCAAUCAGGAUGACUCUGCUGGGCCCCAACGCCCACCUGUACCAGGAGAACCAACCAUUCUUGCUGUACCCUCACAUUCUGACACCAGUGCCAUUGGAGAUGCAUCAUGGCCCCCCAAUCAGCAACCGAUCCCCCUCCGGCACGGACAGCAGCAGCACAAUGCAGGAGGUGGAUAUUUUGGCCUAAACCUGACAUGUCCUAGUAUCAGAAAUCCUGUUAGCAAGAAAUCCUGGACUCGAAAAUUCAAAAACUGGGCAUGCAAACUGCGUCACUCCGCCAGCUUGUUCAAGAAGCCCAGAGUCCAGCAAGAAGCAGAUUCAAGCAGUCAGCUGUUUAAAGAUGGGAAGGCAGGAGCACCACUUAAUCCACCGCAGCCUUCUAAAGGACGUUUUCAGGUGACUCCAGUGCCCCAGACCUCUCCUCCAAAGGAUCGCCCGUCGGGCCAUGGUGGCACUCACAGAAAAGUUGGCCGUUUCUCUGUGACCCAGACUGAGACUAAGAAAGAUGACAGGCAGACUGACAGCUCGCCAGUGUCUCCUGAUUUGGUGAGGGAGAGGAGGAAAUCUCGGGCAAAGGAAGGAGAUAAAGAAGAAAGUAAGAGAACGCCAUCAAUGGCCCACGCUCCUCGAGGUCCUGGCCACAGCCACUCACCCCUUGGAAGCAGUGAUGAUGAUGAUGAGAGUGAGCUGGAGGAUGAAGACCUGCGAAGAGAAUUACACAAGCUCAGAGAAAAGCACAUCAAAGAGGUGGUUUCCCUUCAGGCUCAGCAGAACAGAGAGCUCCAGGAGCUGUACAGACAGCUUCGUUCCCUCAAAGACCAAAGACAGAGUCUGCCUGCCUCCCUAUCUCGUACCCCUCCUCUUCCUGCAGCGCCCCCUGCCCUCUCACCUCGCAGGCCCAGGCCAACCAAAACAAAGUUUCGGGCCAGGCCUCACUCUCACGUAGACAACAAUGGAGUUACACAUGCUGGGAUUCAGCAGUCAAGCAGCUUUUCAGGUAGUGAAAAGAAUAGGCUGUCACUGUACUGCAAGCCAGAGCACCUUACUACGCUACCUGCUAAAAGAGAUCACAGUCCUCUAAGAAAAAGUACAUUCACAGACGAGCUGCACAAACUUGUUGAUAAUUGGACAAAGGAGACAGUGAGCACCACCCCGCCUAAGCCUUCACUGAAUCAAAUUAAGCAGAUUCAGCAGGUGCAGGAGUUGGGAGGCUGGAGCCAGGGAACUGAGGUGGCUCCCCCAGGUUGGUUUCCAGUGGCACAGGCGCCCACAACCCCUGCCAGUUUGACUGUGGCACCCUCUUCCCAUUACACGGGUGGAGGAAGCCUGUCCACCCUGCACUCUCCAGGACCUCCACCACAAACACACUUGGCUCAAGUCCCGCAGAUGCAGCAAAGUUUACACCUUCAUCAGUCUCUCCCCCUCCAGCAGAUUAGCUAUCCACAGUCCCAACUCUGCCAGCAGAUACCACAGCCCCUGAUGCAAACUCCCAUGCAGUCUCAGUCUUUAUCACAGACACCACCCAUCGCCCAGCCUCAAAGCCAACCGCUGCUGCCUUCCCAAAUGCCCACAUCACCAGUGUCCACCGCUACAUCUUUGCUGCCUGGUAGUGGUACCGCUGCACCCACAGAUAGCGCUGCUGCUGCUGCUGGUGGGGCAUUUUGCUCCUGUUCCUCACCCUCUUCCACCUGUUCCUCAUCGUGCUCUACUGCUGCUCUACCUACCAGUGCCAAAAUUCACCAAACACCCCCCACCUCUACUCUUCCUCUGGGACAGAAAUGAAACCAGGUGAAGUGUGAGGCCAAUAUGAAGGUCCAAGAGAUGGACGUAAAGCAGAUCCAUUUAGAGUGUUAGUUCUGUGUACGUGUGCGAGAGUUGUGACUGCAAUGACAUAUGGGUUCUAGUGUACUUGUGGAUGUGAUGGGAAAUGAAUGUGAAAGAAAGGUGAUAGGUUGUAGCAUGUACAGGCAGAGGGUAAUGUGAAGCAUGGCUGGGGUUUCUGAAUCAGUAUUGAGCUGUAUAAAGUCUUUGAUGUAUGAGUGUGUGCAUUUAUGAGUGUGGGUGGAUUAUUUGAGUACAUAUCACUUCUGUCUUUGGACACAAAAUAACAUUAACGUUUUUGUUUGCAAACCAACUCAGCGGGACCUGAAAUCUCCCUAAGCAGAGACGAGAAGGACAAAAUAUUUGACGGUGUUGACAUUUUUCUUUGGAUUUGUCAAUGCUUACAGUGAAAGGACUAUCAAUUUUUAAAAGUGCAAUUAGUAAUGAUCAUCUAAAUUGAUCAGCACGUAUUGUUUUCAUUUGUCUUUAAGGCAUAAAAUAUUUUUGUAGAAGCACAAUGAUUAAUACCUGAUGCAUAGGGGAUUUUGUUCAUCAUAUUUUAAAACGGUAAGCCUACAGAUCAAGUGUUUCAAAGGCAAUCAGAAAAAAAACCCCAAACUGACAGCAGCAUGUUUCAGAGGUCAGCACUUAUCCGGCUAUCCAUUUAACUGCAGUGCAAACAAACACACUGUCGAGGUGUCGUGUACCUGUACAGCAUGUGCUUGAUUUUAUAUUGUUUUAUGUUUGUAACAAAAUUAAUAUGACCAGAUGACUCCAUAAUAUGAUGGUAAAUUCAAAUCUGCCAUCUCUGUUCAGUAAAUAUUUGGGUGCAUUCAACCCAGGACUGCAUGAUUUUAUGGCUGGCUUGACUUGCCUAGUGCAAACUGCUUGCACUCGCUGUAUAUUCAUGAAUCUCACAGUUACUGUUUGCAGCCCACUGAGGUAACGAGUCAUAUACAUUUGCUUUCAAUAUGAUAUGAUUUCACAUUUGACAUUUUCAUUUAUUUCUGCUGCAUAUCAUCUAUACCAGUGCUGAAGAGGACGAUUUAAAAGGAAAAGAAAAAACUGCCAAGUUAUCAUUAACUAAAUUAUAAAGGUAUUCUCAUAUUGCCUUUUUCUAAAAAUACUGCAUUUUUGUGAGCGUGUGAGUUUAUUUUUUUCUGUGUGACAAAGUGUUGUAAUAGUCCUGGUAUAGUGCAUUAAUUCAUGCAUCAAAGCAGCCUCUCAAAUGUCACUGUAGUCAAGUGGAAUUGUUUACGCUGCCUAUGUCUUAGGCUUACUUUCUAAAAAAAGAAGAAGAAGAAGAAGAAGAAAAGGAAAACAACAGAAACAAAACAAGUGAGCGCUUCAGUCAUACACCAGUUCUAAGUUUGAUCAACACCAAUGUGAGAUCCUCACAUGCUCAUGUGUCAGCUUUGUUUGGCAUUGUACAAAUUCCUUGUUUCAAUUGUGAGCAAUUUAAUUAUUAAAUAUAGCCUGUUUGAAUUCAACGAUCAGAAGAUGCAAUGUGGGCCACUGUGCUUUAUGCACACAACUAAAGGUUUACUCGAGUCAAACAUCCUUCAUUUCUUGAUUUCUAAACUCAUUUUGUAGUUGAAGACAUUCAGAGUAAUAUAUCACCAGCAGAUAUAUUACUGUACACUCUGACAGCUUAUCAGCCAUACACACAUUAGACCAUCGAUGGUUAGGUGUUAAUACAUUUUUUUGGUCUAAUAAAUAGCCAGUAGUCAAAGCGGUAUUUUUGAUUUAUUAAUAAUAGAUUGUGUGCCACAGAAAGCAGGUGAUUUAACAGACAAAGACUGCUAAAUGUAAAUCAAAGGCAUGAAACACGAGUGGUUAAGAGGAAUAGUUCAUGCCAAGUGGUAUGGUUGUUCAGAAGCGGCAUAAUCUAGAAUAUAAAUUUACAGUACUCAGUAUGUGUUGCUUUUCAAGACUACCCACAUUUUCACAGAGAUGUACUGUAGUUCAUUAUUAGUGAAGGUGUGUGUGUUGUCAUGUCUGAUACUAACAUGCAUCUAACAAGCUACAGCUUAAUGAUUAUGACUCAUGAAGAGAAGCUGACUUUGUCCUUGAAGUGUUACCAAAAUGUGAUCGAAAAGACAAAGAUUAUUUUUGUAUUUUGGAAUGAGGUUGUACAAAUUGUAAAAUUGUGUUCUCCCCGCUACAAAUCAGAGGUUAUUUGAAACUAGAAAACUGGUUUUCAUCCAUGUUUACAUGGGACUCCCUGUCUUGCUCUAACUCUGACAGGCGAAGCUCAUUCCGGAUCAUAUUCAGAUCAUUUUUGGUUAUUUUGCCAUCAUAUUUUAGUUUUGAACCACUGCAGCCCAGAUGGUACAUAAAGUAAUGACACCUCACCUUCCCACUGAGCUUUAGGUCACAUUAAAUUAAAUUAAAAUAAAAUUAAUACAAAUUAAACAGAAAAUCUGGGGGCUCCCAAAAUGACACGAUUGAGAACCAUGGUUAAAAAGUACAUUUGGGCAGAAAAGAAAACUAAAGGAAUAAUGUAUGUUGCGGGUGAUUUAGCCUCUGUAAAUUCUAACUAAUUCAUCUGUUGAUUUUAUUUAUGUUUUGUAACUAAUCAAAAUAAAUGAUGUCAAACAUCAAAUGA